AUGGUUUGCGGGGCAGUCUUGAUAUUUGUGGAGCUGGCUAUGUGCUCUCAAAUGUGUCCUUGUAGAGGGCCAAUAUGUGGACUUCUUGCGGCGGGCAUACAAGAUGUGAUUCUUGUUUUUAUUAUCAUCUUUGAAGGCAUUUGGCGAACAUCAGAUAGCAUGACGUUAUACUUCAACCCUCCUUUCCACACCAAUGUUCCAACUUCCAAUUACCACACCGCGCGCGAAAUAGUGGCCGUUUCCCCUGCUCUACAAGCCUGA